AUGUCUCACGUCGUGCCCGGGCGAGCUACGAACAACUUGAAUCAAUCCGUGGUUUUGGGUGCUGGUCUCGUCCAGCAGCCCACUAUCAGCUCCCAACGUCAUGUGCCAACUUUCUGCCAAGACGGUGACUCUGCUGUCGGUCCUCGUGCUGCAUCGAAGGCUGUUCUUGCAGAGGAUGUGUGGGCAUUCCAAGCUCAACAGCGAGCCAAGACUUCCAAGACAAAGUUGAAGGACAUUGGCGAUCACCGACCAAGUUUGGACGAACUGGCCCCGCUCCUGGAAAAGCAUGCUGCCGGUCAACUGACCUUCAACGACUUGUUGCCAAUUCAAAAGCAUUCUGCUCGCGAAGUCGUUGGAUGGCUGCACAUGGUUGCGGGGGCCCUCACCAAGGACAUCGAUCUGGACACGGCAAUGGCUUCGCUUCUUUUCGGCAACCGCGAUCUCGGCCUCGACACUUCCUUGGCCGACAUUGUAAAGUGCGAAAAGGACAUGCCGAAUCGCGUUAUCAAGUGGGGAAUUGCGUCCAAAGCGGCCCUGAACAAGUUGCGUGGUGUUACCAUGCAUAUCCAAGUCGCCCGCAAUGGAACGAAACAAGGAUUCUCUAUGACAUCCCCACAUGUGCUCGACGGCUUCUUCCUGGACAUCCCCCAAGGACUUCAAGGUGUCGCUGAAGAGCGGUUGUUGUUUGACGUCAUGGCUCGCCUGGAGCCGCACUUCCUCUGGGGGACUUCCUGCUACCGUCUGCACUUUCUUGGCAACACCGUCCCGUCAAGCCUGCACCGUGAUGGCCCCAUGGUUGAAGAAUUUAUCUUUCUCGACCGCCGACUCCGCGUGUAUGGUCAAGGGUGGUUCUUUCGUGACAAGCAAUUGGUUCGCAUCGACCUCGACAAAGUCGCUUUGACGCAUGGGCUGUACGGGAACACUGCGUCGCGUCAAGAUCACCGUGAUACCUCAAUGGACCCCAAGCCGAUGAAGAAGGCGAAGGUCUCGCAUGUGUCGGAGUCUCAAUGGACUACUGUCAAGCCAGUCCGUUCCAAGGCCAACCUCUCUCUGAUGGACGAAGCCCUCACCGAAUCGUCCUUGGUGUACACUCCCAAGACCACCGUUCAUGAGGUCGACUGUGUGUUCAAGACAUCUGGCGAAUUUACAAGCGGUACGAAGAUCGAGAGCAGUCGCCCGGUCCGAGUUGAAUGCUCCCUCGAUGCCAUCCUGGCAGAGCUGGCGGUCCUUGACGCCAAAUCAAUCGAAGCUGCAAACCAACUUCCAGCUCAACUGAACGAAGCAUGCUCGAAACCCUCGUUCAACUUGGCUUCCCUUGUAGCCGACGGACGUGUCGACUCGAUCUGCAGCUGCCUUGAGCGCUAUCCGGUCGCCUUUGGGAUUCAAGUGCAUCAACUAUUCAAGGAAGAUCGUCCAAUGUUCGAGUACUUUGUGCGACAACGACUGCUGCAUCGUUGGUUCCGCGCCACGUGGGGCGGAUCCAUGUCGUUCGACCAGCUCUACAAGGCAUCCUUUGGUCAGCCCAUACCCAGCAGCCACACUACCGCACUCUUCAGCAAUACUGACUUUGCUGCCGCGACCAAGCCGAUGGCAAUCACAGAUGCUAAUGGCGACGACCGUGAGCUUCACUGGACUGACGUUGAAGCUGUUUUGGCAUUGACUGAGUGCCCCGUUACAGCGAUUGCUUCCCACAAGGGUUCCCGAUGCCUCUCGUCCGAAACCAUUGGUGCCUUGCUCAUGGACACUGAUCUCGGCGCCAUGCUCUGGGAAAGCUUGGAAGACAUGUAUUCCGGUGAUAGCGACGACGACAUCGGUAUGCGCCUCACGUUCUCCACCAUUCUGGAGUUCCAUGAGCAAGGUUGCUUUGACGUCACUGCCACCAACCAAAUCGUGCUGUGCCACCGCAGUCUGGCUGAAGUGAUUGCUGAUGGUCUUUUUAACACAACGCCCGUUCUCGAACUGACCACAUGCAAUCUCAAUGGGCUGAACGCAAACGGACACCUGGUGGCACAGCGACUCAACUCACCAACCCAAUGCGUUCUCUUUCAAGAAGCCAAACUCAACAACAGCAAACAUCUCGACACGUUCAAGUUCCAUCUUUCCAACGAAGUUGGUGCUGAUGCGUACAAGCUCUUCACCAACGACCACCGGGCUCUGCGCUCGGAUUCACUCAACCACCGAAGCUGUGGUGUUGCCUCGUACUUCCACUCAUCAAUGCCUGGCUUCGAUGGCCUCCAACAUCUCAUCCAACUUGACCUCCCUGACCGAUACCUGGUGGUUCGAACCUAUUGCCAUGACAAACCAGUGCACUUCCACAAUGUGCACGCCCCUGUGCUACCCCAUCUCCGCUGA